AUGUUAUUUGUAAUAAUUAAGAAUACCUUUUAUUUCUAUAUUUUGAUACACUCUUUAUUUUCUUUGUUGAGCUUAUUGAUAUGUUUAGACAAUGAUAUAGAUCACUUUGAAAUUUAAUGUCCAAGAGUAAUUAUAUAUUUUAUGUUAGUUGAGCAAUUAAAUUAAAGAAUUCAUAGCAGGGAUAUUCAAACCAUUUUUGCCGGAAGUUAUUGAAUUUUUAGUUGGAAAAAUAUUAAUGCAAGAUUUAAGGAUAGUCAAUGCUCUUAUAUUUUCAGGGAUAUUAGAAGUGGUCUUAGCAAUAUUAGGAGGAUUGUAAGAUAAAAUUUAAUUUAAGUUAUUAUGUAAUGGUUGAAACACCAAAACCUAUAUAAAAGAGUUUGAGAAUAAUUGCAAAGUUGCUUUUCUUUUUAGGGUUAAUAUUUUGGAUUUUCAUUUAUUGUAGUGGAAUUGGGUUAAGAAAAUUACUUGAAAUAGUGCACAUAGUUUAUUAAAAUCCAUAGAAUGUAGAAAAUUAUUCAAAUGAUUUAUCAGAAUUUAUCUAAAAAAGACAAGAAGAAAUCUUGGAGUAUUAUUUCUGA